GUUAAAUUUAUACUACAUAAAUCGGUCUGCCGGUCAACGUUGAAACGUUCACUGUCUUACUACGUGUUGUGCCGAUAUCCGAACAUGAGAUAGCGGAGAGACCCUGACUUAUACACCAUCUGCUCUCGAAACACUUCAGAACACUCCUUGCGAUAUCGCCUCUUCUAACGCCUUUUCCCCCCUGAGAUCCAUUUCCUUUGUACUUUUCUAGAGUGCUGGUACACCAGUCAACAGAUUGUCAUGGAGACUACUCUUGCUCAUCGACCUUGGGAGCCCGCUACCACGGGACCGCAAACCCCUCCAGUGUCGUCUACUCAGACUCUCCCGUCUAUCUCGACCUUGACAGCAAGUAUGGCCGGUGGCAUGCCUACCCAGGCCGAGAAGUCACCGGGAAAUGCCUCUUUAAAUACGAUAGAGCGUGAUUCGGGGAAUUGGUCCAUGCCUCAGAGUACCAGGUCGUCUACCUACUCAACCACGACAAAUGCGACAGGCAACUAUCCCUCUCUCUCCUUCCUCACCUCCCAACCUUCUCCCAAUCGCGCAUCUUACGUCUCGGAUCGGUCCCCUUACCCCAACGACCACUCUAACACCCACACGCCUUCAUCUGCGGGAGCGCAGCCUUCUCCGAAUUUCGGCUCGACUCAGCCGAACACCACCCUACCUUCGAUCAACCAGAACUACGAUGCGCCUUCUCAACGAGGCAGUAUGGUGGAGCCCCCUGAGUCUCGACGGAGCAGUGUGGAUAGCAGGAUGAACCAAGGAAUCAGCUCGCUUGCUAUUAACCCCGCAUCUCCCUACCAUAGCACGAAUGCUUCGCAAACGUCGAUUGUAUCGGGUCUUCAACGAGAGCGCGGUAUCUCCAUGGACGUGAAUAUGAACAAUUCCUAUCGUGGCCCUCGAUACUCUGGGGGCCAACCACUCUCCCCACUUGGCCCGCGGGCUAGCGAACAUCGCGGAUUUGCAGCUGGUCGCACUGCACCUGCCAUCUCAUCGAACCCUCGCUCCGAGAUCUACAAUGCGGAGGCACCUACCGCUGGUCUUGCAUACGCUUUCCCCGAUCCCGACGUUGCGCGAUCCAACUCUGUCUCUUCUACCACCGAGAAGUCAACCAAUCAAUUCUCCCGCAAAGGAAGUACAGCUGAGUCGCUUGCCAGUAGCGUCUUUUCUGAUGCACGGUUGCCUCGUGGACAGCAUGAACUUCCUCAAAAUGUGCAUCACCAUUCCUUACAGCACAAACAAGUCCGUGGCCUCAUUGGAGAAGCAGACGCACAUAGCGGUAGUACACCUUACAGCAGGACCCCCGAGCUGAGAGUAACACACAAGUUGGCGGAGCGAAAGCGCCGCAGUGAGAUGAAGGAUUGCUUCGAAGCUUUGCGUGUCCGCCUCCCACAAAGUCAGAACAAUAAAUCGAGUAAAUGGGAGACCCUCACAAGAGCUAUUGAAUACAUCUCACACCUUGAGAAGAUGGUUACUACUACUCGCAGAGAAAAUGACGUGUUGAGGAGCGAACUUGACGAGAUGCGCGCGCAACUCAGUCAGCAGCAAGCCAACGGCCAAUCUCGACAGCCGUCGAUCUUCGAGCAUCAUCCCAUAACAGCGCCACAGCCAAAUGGGCAAGUGCAUGGCGCUAUGUUUUCCGGUUAUGCUCCUGGAACCGCGAUGCCGCAAGAGCAACCGCGAACGCUUCCUCCUCUCAUGAACGGGACUGUGGCUCCAAUGCAAGGCGUGCAAUACACCGACGAACGGCGGUAGCUAAUUGAGGGCCACCGAUCGUUUCACCCAUGAUAUAGCCCACGAUGAAUGCAUCGGUGACGGUUGUUUUACUUGACACGGUCCACAUCACCCCCCGCUCUAGACGUGAUAUCCGACUUCU